UAUAGACAAUAAUAUUAAAUAUAAAUGCAAGAAAUGUGACAAGAUAUUUGAAAGCAAAGUUAAAAUAAAUAGACAUAUGAUAUGUCAUAUACAAGAAAGACCUUUUGUAUGUAAAUUAUGUGGUAGAACAUACAGAAUAGCAUCGGAAAUAGUGAGGCAUGGGAGAGUACAUGAUGGUGUGAAAGUCCCUUGCAAGUUCCGAUGUGGUUUUAGUACUGCAUAUAAAGGUGCUUUAAAACAACACGAAAGACGACACAAUAAAGAAUAUAUGUAUACAUGUGAUAAAUGCGGUAAAGGUUUUGAAGUACUGACUUGGUAUGAACAGCAUCAAAAUAUACAUACAGGGGAAAAACCUUACAAAUGUAAUAUUUGUGGUGUCGCUUUUCAUAUGGAUAGAUACUUAAAAGUACAUAUACAUUCAGUUCACCCACAAUCCUCAGUUACGGAGAAAUUUCUCUGUGUUCAUUGUUCCAAACCAUGCAGUUCUAAAAAAGCCCUUACUUUACAUUUAAAGGAGCAUGGAAUAACGUCGAAAUUCCUUUGCGAUAUUUGCGGGAAAGUAUUCUCAGAGCACCGCCUCCUAAAAAUACAUGAGAGAAUGCAUCUUGGUGUUAGACCUUAUGGUUGCAGUAUUUGCAACAAAUCGUUUGUAAAACGGUCCAAUUUAACUGUACACGAGCAAACACAUGGCGAACGAAGACACGCGUGCGGGCGUUGUGGUCGCCGGUACUCUCAGAGAGGGACGCUGCUUAGACACGUGCAUAGAUUUCAUAAAGGAACCAAUCUGGAUGUUGCAAGAAAUGAACCUUAACGCUUUACAACAGAGAUUUUAAGAGAUC